AUGCCCUUUGAGUUGCCUGCCGCCCUGAUCGUCCAGGGCUGGAAGCCCGUCUCAUCAAACCGUGCCAUCGCCGACCUUGACAUCGAACAUACCGAACUUGCCCAGACGUGGAGGUCCUUUGUUCGACAUUUGACACCCGAAGAUACCGUCGAGUGGGUGGAACGACCCCAGACUCCUCAGGAUGUCCAGACCCUGGUGCGCAGUCUCCAGUCCCUGUGGGCAUCCCAGCCGCGCUGUCGGGUGUUUCGGUUCGCCUCAUCUCUCUGCGACCGAUUCCUCCCCACCGUUGAAACACACGCGACCUUACUCGCCACUCUACCGGAUUCCGAUUCCUAUCAUGGCCCCUUGUUCUACGGGGCCCUCCAGUCGGUGCUCAAGGCAUCCGCAAACUACCCCAGAGUGAUGGAAGGUUUACUCACAGCCCUACUUAAUAUACAUAGUGCGCUGGCCCCACUGGCCGACCGGGUCUCAUCCGCCAGCGUGGAGUCGAUCGCGAAACUGUACGCCCUAGUAUUUUUCUUCCUCACCGAAUUCAUGGAUUGGUAUGUGAGGAGGUUUACCUGCCAAUUACUCCCGAGCCACAGCCAAAAUCCAUAUACCGAGUUCAACCACCUGGUCAGUUGUAUCCAUCGACAGGCCAACGCCUUCGCUGGCUCGUCCGACUCGAUGGAUGUGGACGAGGAUUCCGAUGCAGCAUAUAGCCCCCGCGCCCUGUGGGAAGACUCCCAACUGAGCCAGGUCGGGCGUCAGGGCACAGAGCGUCGGAUUGCGGCCCAAAACACAAUAACUCGGCGCUUGAUUUGGGAAAUUCAACAAGAUGCGGAGGAGCGUGUUCGCAUUCGAGAAACACGCGACCAGCUACUCGUGCAGAUGAUCGAAGCCGUGAGCCAGCAGCUGCGUCCUGUCAGUGAGCAGAGUAGCGGCAUCGUCUGCUUGACGACCGCAGCGCCAGACCUAGUCACAUCAUCCUUCGAAUGGUCCCGAGGAUCCAAACGACGCCUCGCCCGUCUUGAGCUUCAAAGCGCCUCCAAGCACCUCCAGGCAUUCUUCGACAGCGACAACCAGAUCGCCGACCUCCCGGAAGAGGUCCUCGCAGAAGUCAGUGUGGUCACCUCUCUACAGAAAUGGGCCAGGAACCCGCGGUCUCAGGCCCUCGCGGUAGGGGGAUCGCAGAAAACAACAGCACCCAGCCCCGUGGCUCUCAUCUCAGCCUGCUUUAGCGUCUUUGCCCGACGGUCGCAACUGCCCGUGAUCUCCCACUUCUGCGCUCUCCCCGCCCACGAAUUGCAUGGUGUCACCCCGCACCAACAAGGGCUGAUUGCCCUCACCUACAGUCUGAUUCGCCAAUUGAUUGAUUCCCUUCCCAGCGUGGUCGACAGCGAUGCUUUGUUAGACCUCAGUGCAGAGCGCUUCCGUAUGCUGGAUGGCACGAUGUCUAGUUGGAAACCUGCCUUGGCACUCGUUGAUACCCUCCUGCACUUCCUACCACCCUUACUUCUCUUAGUCAUCGAUGGCAUUGACACUAUUCACGACCCGUCCACGGACACGGAACUGCGCGAAUUGAUUCGCUGGGGGCACGGGCCGAUGUUCCUAUUCAAGGUCCUUUUCACUGUUGCUGGGAGGCCCAGCGCCCUGGUAGAAACGAUGUCGGAGAACCAACUGGUGCUCACCGAUGCGAGCCAGACAGACGAACUCACCCCUUCCGAUGCGGUCCUGACGUCGGACCUCGGAGCGGUCAUGAUGAAUGCAUGA